GUUACGUGUGUGAUUUUGCCAUAGUUCAGAUGUUCGUUUGCUGCACUUUCUAUGCUUUGCAGAAGGGACGCUGACAGCCGUACAAAUGAUUGCUCACCUGUAUACUGAUAACCUGGCAAGUCGCUCCUGCUGUUUAACUGUGGCCCUCACUACAGAUAAGCAGUGUAUGAGCAGCUGAUGCAGCUCCCACAAUCCCGCACUUGGCAGCUUGUGACACUAGAGCUGCCUGCUUUCUAUGAGCGAGGCUUGCUUGGGGACGGGCUGUGAGUAUAUAUACAGCUGCAGACAAUAGUUUGUGAAGCAGAAGCCAUGGCACUCUGGGCUACCCUCAGCCUGGCACUUACCUGCCUGCUGGCAGCCGCCCAUGCUACAACGCUCGGUGUGGUUUACACAGAAGGAGGAUUCGUUGAAGGCACCAACAAAAAAAUUGGCCUCUUUUUUCCAGAAUAUGUUGACGUCUUUAAGGGAAUUCCAUUUGCUGCUCAGCCAAAAAUACUGGAGAAAGCAGAGAAUCACCCAGGAUGGUCAGGAACACUGAAAGCAAAAGACUACAAGCCGCGCUGUACACAAUCCACACUAUCCCAGAAUGACAUCCGAGGAGAAGAGGACUGUCUGUACCUGAACAUUUGGGUCCCACACACUCGAUCUGGAGUGUCCACUAAGCUGCCAGUCAUGAUCUGGAUUUAUGGUGGCGGUUUCCUGCUUGGAGGUGGACAAGGAGCCAACUUCCUUAACAACUAUCUUUAUGACGGCGAAGAGGUUGCUCUACGUGGCAAAGUCAUUGUUGUGACCUUCAAUUACCGUGUAGGACCCUUGGGAUUCCUUAGCACUGGCGAUGCCAACGCCCCUGGUAACUAUGGAUUGUGGGAUCAACAUAUGGCCAUUGCUUGGGUUAAGAGAAACAUUGCAGCCUUUGGAGGAGAUCCGGACAAUAUCACACUAUUUGGGGAGUCUGCUGGAGGAGCUAGCGUGUCCUUGCAGACCCUGACUCCCCAUAAUGUUGGUUUGAUCAAGCGUGCGAUCAGUCAGAGCGGCGUGGGUCUGUGCCCUUGGGCAAUUCAGGAAGAUCCCCUUUUCUGGGCCAAACAGAUUGCAACAAAAGUAGGGUGCCCCGUGGAUGACACAGCAGCGUUAGCUAACUGUUUGAGAAUUACCGAUCCUCGUGCAAUCACUCUGGCCUAUAAGCUGCAGCUUGUAAAUCUGCCAUAUGCUUUGGUCCAUUACUUGGCCUUCUCCCCGGUCAUAGACGGUGACUUCAUUCCUGAUGAGCCAAGAAAUCUCUUCCAUAAUGCAGCUGACGUGGACUACCUGGCAGGUGUCAAUAACAUGGACGGACAUUUGUUUGCAGGAGUGGAUAUGCCCAUUAUAAACCAGCCUCUGCAGAAGAUCACAGCCGGUGAAGUGCGUACAAUGGCUCAGGCACUGACCCUCCCUAAAGGUUCUUCAGGGGUGGAUAUUGCUUAUGAUCUCUACUCAAAGGACUGGGGAGUCAACCCUGACCAGGAAAGCAUGAAGAAGGCAGUGGUUGAAAUGGAAACAGAUUAUAUUUUCCUGGUUCCAACUCAGGAGGCUUUGGCUCUUCACAAGCAAAACGCCAAGAGUGCCGUGACCUACAGCUAUCUGUUCUCUCACCCUACUCGUAUGCCAGUGUACCCUGGCUGGGUGGGUGCAGACCAUGCUGAUGACCUGCAGUAUAUGUUUGGGAAGCCAUUUGCCACCCCACUGGGCUACAGACCACAGGACAGAGAUGUGUCUGCUGCAAUGAUUGCUUACUGGACUAACUUUGCUUCAACUGGGGAUCCUAACAAAGGAGAAUCGAGUGUUCCGACUCCUUGGUUACAGUACUCUCUCCAUAACGGCCAGUACCUGGAGAUUACCAAUAAGAUCACCUAUCAGUCCAUGAAACAGAGUCUGCGCUCACCGUAUGUCCGAUUCUGGGUUCAUACCUACCGCAACCUGCCCAACGCAUAAGCAGUGACCAUUAAACGCACCUUUCUGCA